CACGCUAUACUCGGCUCUACAAACACGCCCUUUUUUCUUCCUCUCUCUCUCUCUCACUCACUGUCUCGUACUUCUCACUCUCACUCGCCUCCGUCACAUCUUGCCGGAGCUCCAUUUCCCGGCCAAACCCCCGCCGGCGAGAUCCGUCCGGCACACCUCCCACACUUCCCCCAAAAAAUGGUUUAACAAACAAAGCUUCCAUCUCUGAAAAGAAAAAACAAAAAACAAAAAGAGAAAUCUUCUCUCUCUCGUUCUCUCUCUCUCUCUCUCUCAAACAUGUGUCGUUUUCUUGUUGUUGUUGUUGUUGUUCUACAGUGUCUUCUCUUCCACACUUUCGCACUCACCGCUUCGGUUCCGAAUAGUAACGACGCACUAUCCCUCCUCGCUUUCAAAAACUCCGUCUCCUCCGACCCCUCGAACCUUAUACAACAAUGGAACAACGCCACUUCCUCCACCUUCUGCAACUGGCGCGGCGUUACUUGCGGCGGUUCUGGCAGAGUCACUGCCCUCCGCGUGACCGGCCUCGGCGGCGGCCAAUUGUCUCCCUCCCUCGGAGACUUGUACGAGCUUCGCGUCCUUUCCCUUCCCGGAAACAUGUUUUGCGGCGAGAUUCCGGCGAUCCUUGGUAACCUCCGGCACCUCGAGGUUCUCGAGCUUCAACAGAACAACUUCUCUGGGAAGUUACCCUUUCAGAUGAGUUACCUGCAUUCUCUUCAACUCGUUAACCUCUCUGGUAAUGCUCUCAGCGGUUCAAUUCCGAGUUGUUUCGUUGGGAGCGUGAGAACCGUUGAUUUGUCGAACAACCGGUUUUCUGGUAAGAUCCCAGUAGAUGGUUUAACCAACGGCUGUGAUUCGCUGGACUACUUGAGGCUUUCGCACAACUUUUUGAUCGAUGAGAUUCCACGCCAGAUUGGGAAAUGUAGGAACUUGAGGUACCUUUUUCUCGAUGGGAAUAUCUUGGAAGGGGGAAUCCCAAAUGAGAUUGGUUUCGCUUCUGAGCUUAGGGUUCUAGAUGUUUCUAGAAACAGCCUCACCGGCAGGGUCCCCAAAGCGCUUGGCAGUUGCUUGAAGCUUUCGGUUAUUUUGCUAACUGAUUUGUCUGAUGAUGAGGAAGAAGAAAAUGAGGGAAGCUUGGGUUAUAAUGAUAGCUUUAGAGGAGAGUUCAAUGCGUUUGUUGGGAAUGUUCCUCACGAAGUUCUCUUGAUUCCCAGGUUGCAGGUCUUUUGGGCGCCAAGGGCGAAUCUUGCUGGACGUUUGCCUGGCCGAGGCUGGACGGAUUCUUGCGCGCUGAGAGUGCUAAAUUUGGGGCAGAAUUAUGUAUCUGGUGUUGUGCCGGAGAGUUUGGGGAUUUGUAGGAAUUUGACAUUCUUGGACUUGAGUUCUAACAGUUUGGUUGGAUAUUUGCCUUCACAGCAGCUCAGGGUUCCUUGUAUGGUGUACUUCAAUGUCAGCAACAACAAUAUAUCUGGCACACUUUCAGGGUUUGGGAAUGGAAGCUGCGGUUCAACUGGCACCCCUGCUGCAAAAGACCUUGAAUUCCUUGAAUGGGAAGGAUACAAUGGUACAUACUUUAGUAUUCCUGUUUGGAGAUUUUUGAAGAAUCCUCUACUUGGAUCAGGUUUAGAAGAUAAUAAUAAUACUGUCAUUAGCCAUGAUUUCAGUUGGAAUAGGUUUGGUGGAUUGUUACCUAUGUUUUCUCUUGGAGAUAAUCUUUUUACUGCAAAUCAUAGAGUUUCUUACAUGCUGUUUCUCAAUAAUAAUGAGUUCAAUGGGUCUUUAUCAAACCAGCUUGUUUUGAACUGUAAUGAUCUUGAGGCAUUGUCAGUUAACUUAAGUAUGAACCAUCUGUCAAAUGGGGACUCGCCAGCAUUACUGCUGGACUGUCUACGGUUGACAGUUUUUGAAGCAGCAUACAACCAGAUCAGUGGGUCAAUUGGAAAGGAUAUAGGUCACUUGAUGAUGCUUCAGCGUCUUGAUUUGAGUGGGAACAAACUAUUUGGAUCUUUGCCUGAUGAAUUAGGAAGCCUGAAAAACAUGAAAUUGAUGCUUUUAGCAGGAAAUAAUCUCACCGGGGAAAUUCCUUCCCAGCUUGGUCAAUUGGCUUACCUUUCUGUUUUGAAUCUUUCUCACAAUGCUCUAGUGGGAACGAUUCCAGCAAGUCUGUCAAAUGCCACUAAUCUUGAAAUUCUGCUGCUAGAUCACAAUAAGCUUUUUGGGGAAAUACCUUUAUCCUUUUCAACACUUUCCAAACUUGUUCAGCUAGAUGUUUCUUUCAAUAAUCUUUCAGGUCAUAUUCCUUACCUUCAGCAUCCAAAUGAUUGUGGUUCCUAUAAAGGGAAUGAACACCUGCACUCUUGCCCUGAUCCAUACUCUGAUUUGCCUGCUUCCCUUCCAGUCCCUCUUGAAGUCAAAAGUUUGCACAGACACAGGAAAUCGAGGACGUUGGUUAUUGCCUUGGUGUCUUCUGGUUCUCUAGUUAUUUGCAUACUUAUGGGAAUCGUAUUGAUGAUCAUUUUUGGGAGGAGUAAAUUUGGUCGCCUCAGCAGUCUUAGAAGAAGACAGGUGGUGACUUUCCAGGAUAUUCCAACUGAAUUGAGUUAUGAUGGUGUGGUCACCGCAACUGGAAAUUUCAGCAUUCGAUAUCUAAUCGGCACUGGUGGUUUUGGGUCAACUUACAAGGCAGAACUGUCUCCUGGUUUUCUUGUUGCCAUAAAGCGGUUGUCAAUAGGUAGAUUUCAAGGAAUUCAGCAGUUUGAAACGGAAAUAAGGACAUUAGGUAGAAUUCGGCACAAAAAUCUUGUGACUCUUAUUGGCUACUAUGUAGGAGAGACAGAAAUGUUCUUGAUUUACAACUACCUCUCUGGCGGAAACCUUGAAGCCUUCAUACAUGACAGGUCAGGGAAAAAGGUGCAGUGGCCAGUUAUUUACAAGAUAGCGAAAGACAUAGCAGAGGCCCUCGCUUACCUUCAUUAUUCUUGUGUUCCCCGCAUAGUUCACCGCGAUAUCAAGCCUAGCAACAUCUUACUCGAUGAAGAACUUAAUGCCUACCUGUCUGAUUUCGGCUUGGCAAGAUUGCUUGAGGUUUCUGAAACCCAUGCCACCACUGAUGUGGCAGGCACAUUCGGUUAUGUUGCUCCUGAAUAUGCCACCACUUGCAGGGUGUCUGACAAAGCAGAUGUCUACAGCUUUGGUGUAGUGUUGUUAGAAUUGUUGUCUGGAAGAAAGUCACUUGAUCCAUCAUUUUCUGAAUAUGGGAAUGGAUUCAAUAUCGUACCAUGGGCUGAGUUGUUGAUAACCGAAGGUCGUUGUUCUGAGCUAUUCUCAUCUGCUUUGUGGGAAGCUGGUCCAAAGGAUAAGUUGUUGGCACUUCUAAAGUUAGCACUAACAUGCACAGUAGAAACACUUUCCAUUCGGCCAUCGAUGAAGCAGGUUCUUGAGAAACUGAAACAACUGAAAUGUUGAAAACUUUAAGCAAUUGAUGCCAAAACAGCAAGAGAUGCUGCUGUUUGUAACGAUUGACAAUACCAAGAUGAGUUGCAAAAGGGUUACUAUGUUCAAUAGCUGCAAAGAUGACCAGUUUCUUUCUCGUUACCCGAGAUUCAUGAUCAUCAUGGGAACAAACAAAUGAGCGGUUACUACAAAGCCUGUGUUCCCACACCAUUCAAUGGUGGUAAGGAUGUGAAUCGAUCUGGUGUAUGCACAAUUUUAUUCUAACAGUUUUCACACCAACUGAAGUGUUCAUCUUUUCGCUUCCUCUGAGGCCAUGUGAGUUGCAUGAUGGAAUCUACCUCUUAAUGAGUUUGAGACUCUUUCUAUCGAAGGGGUAGUUACGUAACCGCGUGGGAGCUAUGAAGAUCCAAGAUUCUUUUAUUGAUUGGUGACAAAGCAUAUUUGUCAUCUUUCUUAAAAGGGUUUGAACUUUGAAAUUCUUGCUCAGUGAGUGUUAGUGGAAUAGAUAGAUAAAUAUGCCAAAAAGUACAAGUCACAUUUUCAAAAUUUGUAGAUGUAAAUGUAAGUCGAUCAUUAAUGUAUUGAUGUAGGUAAGACCUAUGAGAAAUCUUGGUGCUAACUCGGCAGAAUAGGAUGCCAGGAUGGUUCUCGAUCUUUGUUUUUAGUACUUUUUUCGUUCCAAAUGUAAAUAGAAAAUAGACAGAACGCAAUGCUGAGCAGUGGGUAGGACAGCACAUCAAUCGCCUAAUUCAAUUA